GACCGACCUAUGACAUAAUCCCUUUCUAAGACAUAAAAUAGUGCCUGACAUUACCAAUUAUUUUGUUUACAAAACAAUAGUUAAAUAAGACAACUUACUAACAAAUUCGUUAUUUACAAGCUUGAAAAAAUUCUAAUACUCGCAACAUCUUUUUGUGAGCCUGCGUUCAUUGUAUUUUUAAAUGACAUGAAAGUCGACCACUUCGAACUUGUUUUGACCAUGUUAGUUUCUUUCUCCUUCAAACUUUGUUGUUGCUGACAGUAUUAAUUAUAUCGUUUAAGUACAUUAUUAUAUAAUCGUUUUCAUACAAAGCAUUGUUAAGUGCAGCUGAUGCUCUAUCGGUAGCAACAGUUUGUGUAGUGAGAAGGUCGGCGACUGGCUGGCUGGCCAAGUCGACCUCGUGGUCUCUUUGUUCACGGACGUAAAUAGAGUCCGUGGUGCUGUUAACCAAAGUUCCUCGUGUGAAGUUGAAAUAUUUUCAUGUUAUAAUGGUUCAGACUGAUCUGCUUCUGGUGAUCCUUUUGUUACCUGCAGUGAACCUUAUUGGAGUGGAGUUUACUUGUCCAAUAUUCAAAGAUGGUCACAACAUUGUCAGCUGCAAGAUUAACAAAACAGCUGUUGAGGCUGCAGACUGCAUAUCGUUACAAAAUUAUGUGUUACUGGAAAAGACAACAACUUCUCGUCGAAAUCCACUUGUGAUAGGUUUCACUGAACCCUUUAAUCUGUCAAAUUGCAGACCAGUUCAAGAGCCUGUAGCAAACAGCUGCUGGUGUCAUGAGGCAAAUGGAGAAAUCUUUGACUACAAGUGUGACUUUGUGGCCAACCGCAGCAAAGAUAUCGAUGCAAUGCUUCAAUGCAAGAUUUGCAUUAAACCAAAGAAUCCUUUAGAAGAGAAAAUACACGAUAACUGCAAACGUAUGCGCUUUGGUUAG